AAAUUUAUUUCAUCGUUUGUUGGGUUGGGUCUGUUUACGUUCCACUAGUUGCACAUUAAAUGUAAUUUUUGUCCCUAAAAUUAUCGAUCAUUCCUUCCUGUGCUUCUUAAAAUGCAUCCCACAAAAGUGCUUUUACCACUGCUAGUUUUACUUAUUUCGUUGAAACAAGGUACGGCAAUCUGGUGCUACCGCUGUACUUCGGCCACACCCGGAUGCGGGGACAACUUCAACUGGCGCGGCAUCGGCUACCUGGGCGAUCCCUGUCCCGAAGAUGACGAUAUCUGCGUCAAAGUGGUUGAACGAAAAGGCACAACGGAAACCAUUACGCGGGAUUGCCUAAGUGCACUGCAAGCCUUUCGAACAGAUAUUCCAGCUGAUAAGUACGAAGGCUGUCGACCAGCCGCCAAGGACGAGCAGCUUGCUCACUAUGUGAACAAUUCGAUCAAACAACUGGACGUAAAGCGGGAUUACUAUACCAGUACCAGUUUUUGUUUCUGCUUCCUGGAUCAUCGGUGUAACGGAGCACUGCGGAGCGGCGCCACUGUCUGGUUGGCGGUGUCGCUUUUGCUGUUAGCCUUUUUCGUCCGCCGUUCGAUGGUGUGAUGAUUUGCAAGUCCGAUGUUCGUUAACUGUAAGGGAACUAUCCCUUAAAAUCUUCAACAUAAUCUCGUCCACUAUCUGCACUUCGUGCCAUGUUUAAGAUCAUUCAACUGCUAACGUCAUGAUAAAUUUGCACGACAGGUUUAGAUAGUAAAACCAGAAAUAUUCGCACACAUUUAUCCGUCCGCUUAGGUAUAGAAAUUUUAAAGGCAUUUUUUAAGAAUCAAACUUUCUUUAAGCUAUUGAUGCAAAAUUUCCGUCCAAUAACUCGUGAAUUAUACAAUAAGUAACGCAUCGAACAUUUAUUUUUGUAAAAAAUGGUAGAAAUAAAAACUGAAUGCAGACUUGCAUUAAACUAA